AUGACUUUAUACGAUGGCAUCUACCCAUUCUACCCCCUACAAAGAACCUCCUUUAUCUUCAGCACCCACCUCCUCACCAUUAUCCUGGUCUUCCUGGUCCUCGCGGUCAGCUUCCUUCUCAUUCUGCCUGGUAUCAGAGGCAAGUCGGUGAGUAUACUGAACUGGUGCAAACCCUAACUGUGGAGUAUUAUCUACAAUUUCGUAUGGCGUCAUAUUAGUGGACAUCAUAUUAGUGCCAUAUUAAUGCUAACAGAAAUGGAAUCUUCAGAUUUCAUUAAUCUUCAGAUUCCCUUUCUGUUGGCACUAAUAUGGCACUAAUAUGAUGUCCACUAAUAUGACGCCAUACGAAAUUGUAGAUAAUACAAUUUCUCAAUGUAAAAAUACAUAUUUAAACUGAUUAUUUCCCCUCGGAAUGUGAUUGAGAUUAACUGGAUUAAUAAACUGAGUUAAGAAUUGAUGGAUGUGAGAUCUGUCAGUAAGUCAAGGUACAUGUUUUGUGAUGUGAGAUCUGUCAGUAAGUCGCUCCCCCCCCUUUCUCUCUCUUCUAGAGACUGUUCUGGAUGUUCAGAAUCAUCAUCAGUUUAUUCAUAGGCAUUGUGAUAGUGGGUAAGUACCUAUAACUGGAAAUUGCUAUACAUUUCACAUCACGUGACAUCUAUUCCAACAUAUCAAAUGACUGGCAGUCAUUGGAUUCAAAUCUUCUUAAUCUUAUUGCCCUAAUAAACAGACCAAUUCUGAUAGAUCGAGAGGAUGUUGAUUAUUUCACACGUCAAUAACGGCUAUGAAGUAGCUCCAACUUUCACGCCCUGGCUCUAGGGACUCUUUUAUGUUGAGCCAGGGUGUGUAGAGUCUAUGUUUUGUGUUCUUUUGUUUCAGUUUCUAGUUCAUGUGUAUCUAUGUUGGCCGGGGUGGUUCUCAAUCAGAGGCAACGAGAAUCAGCUGUUGCUUGUUGUCUCUGAUUGGGAACCAUACUUAGGCAGCCUGUUUGGCACAGUGUAUUGUGGGAUCUUGUUCUGUGUAUGGUUUGUGUUUUGUUACCAAGGACUUCACGUAUCGUUUUGUUGUUCGUGUUGUUAAUUGAAAAGUACUAAUAAAGUAUGUUCGCAUUCCACGCUGCGCAUUGGUCCAAUCCUUUCGACGAUCGUGACACCAACAAAAAAAAGCAUUGUAUUGUUUGGUUUUCUGUUAUGUCUGUAAGUGAAGACUCACAUCUUAUAUCGUCUCAUCUCAGCACUGAAUUUCACCAGCGACUGGGCUGAGGCCCGAACCACCACCAGCACCACCUACAAGUCCUUCAGCAGUGAGGAGGUGAACGCUGACGUGGGACUGCACAUAGGACUGUAUGGUAUCAACAUUACGUUAAAAGGUAAAGCCCGUAGACAUAGAAUUAGAACAUAAUAUUGUUUGUUUACAGUAUACACCUGUAUGUAUUACAUAUGUCACUUCUGCCGUGUUGAAUGUUCUGGAUAUGUUACCAGGGGUAUGAUCUCUCGUGGAUAUGUUACCAGGGGUAAAAUCUCUCGUGGACAGAUGCACCUAACAUAAUAUAAUAUGCCAUUUAGCAGACGCUUUAAUCCAAAAGCGACUUACAGUCAUGCGUGCAUACAUUUUUUUUUUUCUUUUGUGUAUGGGUGGUCCCGGGGAUCGAACCCACUACCUUAGCGUUACAAGCACCAUGCUCUACCAGCUGAGCUACAGAUACAGAACUGGUAUCGUAGCAUCUGUCAAUAGACUGUGACGCGACGAUGCAACCAUCUGUUGCAAUUCCGCAAUAUUUUAGUUCUGGGUUUCCGAAGAUUACCUAAUGGGCAGCAAUGAUAAUAUUGGAAUACAGCUACUAGACCUCUGUAACUAAUCUUAUAUUUGAUAGCGUUCCACUGAUUUUUUUACUCUCAUGCAUUUUUCCUCAAUGAAUAUCGAGAACUUGAAGAAUGACGGACACACGGCUAAAGUUUAGAUACGUCAUGUGACACGUAGGGCUGUUAUGGUGACCGUAUUACUGGGGUCAUGAUCACAAGUCAUGUGACACGUAGGGCUGUUAUUGUUGUGGAAAAUAACCACUAUACUUUAUUACAAAUCAGUCUUCCAGAGUGUUUGUGGGAUCAAGAAUGACUUUAUUAUAAUGUCAACAAAGUCAGGCCAAUCUGCAGAUUUCGCCUUGUCUCUCUCUCUCCCUCCUACCUAUAUAGUUUCCUUUCUUCCACCCUAGGUUCAAAUCCCUCCCUCCUUAGUUUCCCGCUCUUUAUCACUCCACGCCCACUUCCUUUGUCCCUGAGGACGGCUGAACUAAUACUCCAACCAAUCACUCGCUCCCCCUGUCUUGCACACACACUCAUGUUUUAGUUUAAACAUGACAAGGCCCUAAAUUCUUGAAACAUACACAAACCUCACCCCAUCAUGCUGUAAUCAAUCAAGAAGAUACCAAGGAGACAAAGGUCUAGCCCAAACUCCAUUCAACCCUGGUGCCACUCCCUUCACUGUGUUGGAAGAGAGAGACAAAAGGCCACAAGCUAGUUUCAGUCUCUCAUCAGAGAAGACAACCAUGGAUUUAAGUAAGAGCAAGCAAUUUGACCCUAGGGCAGAUUUCCUCUCUACUCCCCCACACACACAGUGAAAUGCCCCAAUUAAAUUCCUAGCCCAGUGACAAACAAUUCUAACUCAAUGUUAGUGAUUAACAUUUACAUUUUUGUCAUUUAGCAGACGCUCUUAUCCAGAGCGACUUACAGUUAGUGAGUGCAUACAUUUUUCAUACUGGCCCCCUGUGGGAAUCGAACCCACAACCCUGGCGUUGCAAGCACCAUGCUCUACCAACUGAGCUACAGGAGGCUUGUAAAAAUAUGAACAUAGCGGUUGAAUAAAUAAUGCAAGGUCCUAGAAUCUAAAGACUUUCAUCGUUAAGCUUGUUUUAUGCAAGUCAUUUGCUUCCAAAAAUAACAACUGUAUUGCAAGCCUUGCAUUGUUAUAGGAUGAAAUGAAAAGAUCACACACCUGCCAAUCCAAUUAGUGCAACAUAAACGUAAGUCUGUAUAAAUCAUUAAUGGCCUCUAACCCUACUCAUCACAAUGCAGUCGAUUUCCCCAAAUAACAGCAACAGAAAAGCCUUGUAGUUGUAUGUGAUAGAUAGCACUCUCCCACCUACAACUACACAUUUAAGGGCUUGACAUUAACUUUAAUUGACAGAUCCACUUUGGUAAAAAAGACUAAGGUAUUUUAUUUUGUAUAGAGAAUCAGACAAAUGUAGGCUACACUCUGCCUAUUGGCUUGUUUGCAUAUUCAAGCCUGUCUCAAAUUACAACACCGCCCCUUUAAGGCUCUCCUGGAGGAUGGUUGGCCACCCUCGGUAGCCCUAUAAAAUAUUGCAACGUUACAAUUACAACCAAAUACUUAUGUCUUUAUAAAAUAAUUCCCCACGAAAUUAAGGGUGUCCCGUCGUCCCUGGAACGUUAAAAAAUAUAAUGUAUACAGUUCAAAACAGACUUAGGAACAACAGAUCCCAAAGUCAUACAACCAAAACAUUUUCAAAAGCAAUGAGGCGGAUGCAUCAGAUCAGACAGUUUAGCUUAAAAUGUUUGAUAACGUUAUAUUUCUUCAUAUUAUAAAGCUUAACAAUGCGCACGUGGCUGUAGGCUAUGCACGAAUGUUCCAAAAUGCAAUUAGCAGGAAAACAUUGUUCUCAAAAGUGCCCCCGCAAUGCGCGUGUGGUUUCAUGUGACAGAGAAGAAAAUAUCUGUUAGAAAUAAAGCAAGGGGAGAUCACAAAGAUGCAUCAACUAGCAUGGGUCACUAUUAUAACAAGGAUUAUGCCUUUGGCUGCUGGACCAUACUGUUGAUUUGAAAACCAAUAGAGAGAAACAUGAGAAAAAAAAUGCUGCUUUUCCAAAUGCUGCUUUCCAAUGGCAUAAUAAAAUAAUUCCCUCAACAUUUCUACGGUCGUAUUUUGGCUAGGCUACUUUGAAACAAGGUAAAGACAUGCUUCAUAAAAAUGACAAAAACGUCCAGUUUUUAAAACAAUUAAAGUUUAUGGAUCCUCCACCAACCUCAUUUUUUUUAUCAUCUCCAGUACAAUACCAGUGUCAACAUAAUGUGAAAACGGUGCAUUUCUAAGUUUUACAGAAUAAAAUAGAAAGUAAAAAAGUUAAUUUAAAAAAAACAAACAAUGAUUUUCAAACACAGAUUCAUAGUGAUGUCGGAAACAAGAAAAUCCCCUCCCUUGGGCUGAAAACAGGUUUUAGAAAAUCACUGGUUUUUGAACACUUUUAAUCCUACCCUAUGAUGUCACAGAAAAGCAUUUUAAGGACUUCUCAUCUUUGUAACCACAGAUCGUAGAAACGCGCUGUUUUCACACCAUAUAAAUGAGGUUGAAAAGUGGUGGAAUUGCCCUUUUUAAAUAGCUUCAAAAUGCAGACCCCUACACUCAGAUUCAAGGUGGGUGAUGUGCAGUGCGCAACGGGCCCGGUCUUGUGACCAUUUCAUCUGAACGAACCGUGCCUUGAGUAUGUCGACAGAAUCAAGCCUUUAGACGUUAAUAAUCCUUCAUUAUAUUAACCCAGUUCUAUCUCCUAAUUCAUUAAAGAAUACACAUCAUUAUGGUGACCGUAUUACCGCCACACUGGGGUCAUGAUCACAAGUCAUGUGACAUGUAACUUGUAUUUUGUUUUUAUAGCUUACAUGAAUUAAUAAAGUUUUUAUUCAUGUCAAAUCGCCAUUUGGCGACCCAUCCCUUAAGGGAUUCAUUGACACAUUAAACAAACAUUACAAUGAUUCUUCUUGCAAGUGCAUGGAUUAUAACCACCGUUGUCCUCUAUGGUCCACUCUAUCCCUCCAGGGAAUCCUGUGAAUCAACUCAACGAGACCAUCAACUACAACGAGAUGUUUGAGUGGAAAGACACCAUCGAUGAAGAGUACGAGGAUGCCCUAGAGCGAGGUCUACCCAACCCCAUCCUCUAUAUCGCUGAGAAGUUUACCCUUAACAACCCCUGUGGCCUCAUCUACCAGUAUAGAUACUCUGGGCGCUACGCCUCGGCCACCCUUUGGUAAGAUAAGCCACGUAAUAUACCAUAUUAUUCACUGUGGCAGUAAAAAGACUAGUUCUGUGAGAGAACCAGUCUCAAUCUAAACAUAUACCUGUAGAUGUUUUCAGUGAGAUAUUGCUCCUCAAACUGUGAGUCAGAAGUGGAUAUUUGACCGCCAGGUUAUCCCGAGGUUAAGGUUAGGCAUUGGGAUCAAAAAUGGUCACGUCCCCUAGUUUGGAAAACGCUGGGGUAAGGGUUAAGGUUAGGUAACGGGUUAACAAACUGCCAUUGAGAACGGUACAAAAUUCUGCCGGCUGUACAUACAUACAUACCAAAUUUAACUCGCCUCCUCAGGACAGCGUUCUGCUGCUGGCUGGUAGCCAACGUGCUGUUCUCCAUGCCUGUCAUCCUGUACGCCGGAUACAUGAUGGUGGCCACCGCCGCCUUCAUCUUUUUCUCCGUGGCCUCCUUCUCCACCGUCAUGAACCUGCCGACCUGCCUGUUCACCAUAGGCACCUCCGGAGGCUUCCAGACAGAGUACAGCGGUUCUUUCUGGUUGGCACUGGCCACAGGUAAGGAAAGGGUUUACCAGAGCCCAAGGCUCUUUCCUCAAUUCCCCGUGUCCUCUGUCCUAGCCUCCAUCUCAAAAUGCAUUGGAAGUGAAGGUUCGAGGGGAGGGAACCUUGGACCUUCUCCUAAUGUGUGUUUAGAGAAGGAGGUGAGGAUCAAGGACAGAUGAAUUGAGAAAGAUCCCAGUUAUCCACACCAAUGACAACAUUAAAGAAAAAUGUUGCUUAAAAGGCAUACAUCUUGUUUUCCAGGUGUGCUGUGUUUAAUCAUUGGAGUCCUGGUGGUUCUGUUGGACUGUCUGAUCCCGGGGAAGAUACGAGAGGCCUUCAGUGUUGGGGUUGACAACGACGAAGAUGAGGAUGUUUAUUUUGGAGAGGGAUACCUGAACUCCAACUUCCUGGCAGGAGUAACCACCACACCUUUGACAACCUUAGUGCUUCCUACAGUAAGUCUCUGUCAGUUUAAUGAGAUUAAGUACUUUAAUAUAAUAAUAUAAUAUGCCAUUUAGCAGACGCUUUUAUCCAAAGCGACUUACAGUCAUGCGUGCAUCCAUUUUUGUGUAUGGGUGGUCCCGGGGAUCGAACCCACUACCUCGGCGUUACAAGCGCCGUGCUCUACCAGCUGAGCUACAGAGGACCACUUUAGGUCCAGGAUGAUCUCUCACGAUCAUCAUCACUAGCUCUGGUCCAGGGUGAUCUCUCACGAUUGUGAUCACUAGCUCUGGUCACUAGCUCUGGUCCAGGGUGAUCUCUCACGACCAUAAUAGUGCAGGUGGAUCAACGGCCUGGACCAGAGCUAGUGACCAGAGCUAGUGCAAGUCUAUGACAUGAAUUUUGUCUAACUUCACAAAUAAAACAGCAGUUAUUUUUCAACUCUGCUACAUAAGUACAGUAAUAGGGAAUAGUGAUUAUUGAUUUAACUGUAAAUUAUGUUAUUUUCUUCUUAUGUGUUCCAGGAUGAAAUUUCACUCCAGGAGCUGUCAGUUGCAUUGUAA